AUUUUGCAAAUUGCAAUAAAAUAUUUAAAAAUUCAAUAUUGAUUGAACAAUUCGUUUCCAUCUUACAACAAACAAUUAUUUACAUUUAAAUAAGUGUAUUUUUCAGUGUAAUAGGAGAAAAUAAUCAUUAUCCACCUACGAAAUGGCUGGUCCUGAGAAAGAGGAUAAGCCAGAUGAUACUUCGACAGCAAUGGAAAAUACUGAGGAAAGCGAUAAACUUUUACUCAUGGAGUAUAUUACUAGCUUAGAAGCAAGGAUAAAAUUUAAAACAGAACUUAGAAAUCAAAACUUAAACUGUGUUCGUCCUCCUGAUAAUCACUUUUCGAAAUUAGACUCUGGAUUGAAAAAGAAUACAACAUUUGUGAAGAAAUUAAAAACAUUUAGUGCCACACAAGUUGAUGCAUUACUGAAGGACUUGAGUGCUUUAAAUCUGACUAAAUAUAUUUCUGAGGUUGCCGCUGCCAUUGCAGAAUCAAAAUUAAAAAUGUCAGACAUUGCUGCUGCCAUCACUUUGUGUUCUGCUCUACACCAGACUUAUUCAGAAUUUUCAGUAAAUUUUUUUGAGAAUUGGCAAAAGAUUCUUACGUUUAAAGCAACUGAUAAGAUAAAUAACUCAUCAAAACUAAGGGUGGAUCUGAGGUUUUAUGCAGAGCUAGUUUCAGUUGGGAUCUUUACAAACAAAACAGGUUUACCACUUUUGGGGAAUGUUUUAACAGUCUUAAUAAAUAUGGAUAAAGAGGAGCAUAAUAAUAUUCCUAUAUUGUUUACAUUCUGUAAACAUUGUGGUGAGGAUUAUGCUGGUUUGGUGUCAAAGAAAAUCAAAGAUAUUGCUGAGAAAAACAGUAUUUCUAUACCCAGAAAUACUUUUCUACCAGCAGAGAAGCAAGCUGCAGUGAGAACUUUGCUAAGGGAUUAUUUUUUGUCCCUUACCAAACAUUUAUUGGCCGAGAAGAAUGAGCUACAAGCCUUGCAUGCUGCCAAUCAAAGGACUUUACACACCAGAGGUGAACUCUCGCAAGAGAGAAAAGAUCAACUUGAACAGCAUCAGGCUACCUAUGACAAAUUGUUAUCUGGAGCCCAGAGUUUUGCUGAAGUGUUGGGUGAGGAUUUAGGAGAAGCUGGGGAGCCACCCACAUUAUCUUUAGCUGUUAUCGAAACACAGGGCACUGUAAUGAUUGGUGGAAAUGAGGAGUUCCCAAUGCAACUCACUAUUGACCCUUGGCAAGACGAAGAUACUAGAACAUUUUACACAUGCAUGCCCGAUUUGAAAGUGUUUAUGCCUAAUUAUCAGCUGAAGGAGACUAUCAAAAGCAAAACUGAAACUGUAACUGAAGAAAUGUUAGAUGAAGAUUUAAAAGAAGAUGAGUUGAGUGACAGUGAGGAGCCAAUCAUACCUGACGUGGAACAAGAAGAAGCACAGCCAUCAAACAUGUCUAAUAAAUAUGCUUUGGACGCAUUCUGCAAUGAACUUCCAAAUUGCAUUAACAGAGAAUUAAUAGAUAAUGCUGCUGUUGACUUCGUUUUAAACCUAAAUACUAAGAAUAAUCGGAAGAAGCUAACAAGAGUAUUAUUCAGUGUUGCUAGGACGAGACUUGACUUGUUGCCUUUUUAUUCGCGAUUUGCUGCGAUUUUGUACCCUGUGUUGCCAGAUGUGUGUGUAGAGCUGUGUCAAAUGCUAAAACAAGAUUUUAAGUACCAUGUAAGAAAGAAGGAUCAAAUUAAUAUAGAAUCAAAAAUAAAGGUAGUAAGAUUUAUUGGUGAAUUGGUAAAGUUUGGACUGUACUCGAAAAUGGAGGCCUUAUACUGUUUGAAAGUUCUUCUGCACGAUUUCCAACAUCACCACAUCGAAAUGGCAUGCAACCUUCUCGAAACGUGCGGUAGAUAUCUCUACAGUAACCCUGAUACACACCAAAGGACCAUGAUAUAUCUACAACAAAUGAUGAGGAAAAAGACUGUUUCAGCUCUCGAUUCUCGAUAUGUAACACAAAUUGAAAACGCUUUUUACUACGUUUGUCCACCCGAAACACCCUCACAGCCGAGAGAAGAGGAGCCCGCGAUGCAUCAGUUUAUCAGAAAAAUAUUGCACGAGGAUCUCCAAAAGAGCAACGAGGAGAAAAUCCUUCGGCUGAUGCGCAAAUUGAACUGGGACGAUCCGGAUAUUUCGGCAGUGGCGAUACACCACUUGGCCGGCGGCUGGCGCGUGCGGGCCAGCGCCAGGAAGGUCCUCGCGCGGCUCACGUCCGAGCUCGCGGUCUGGCAGGAGGUCGUCGCACCCGCCGUCGUCGACGCCAUACUCGAGGAGAUCCGGGUUACCAUGGAGGACCCCCAUCCCAGAUACAACCAGAGGCGAAUAGCGACCGUGCGGUACCUCGGAGAGCUGUACAUUUACAAGCUCCUCGACUCUCGAGACGUCUUCACCGUCCUCUACUCUUUUAUAACCUUCGGUGUGACGAACGAUCACAGCGUCCCCUCGCCGCUAGAUCCGCCGGACAACGUGUUCAGGAUACGGCUGGUCUGCGCACUGCUGGAGACGUGCGGCGCGUACUUCAACAGCGGCUCGAGUAAAAAGAGGUUGGAUUACUUUUUGGUGUUCUUCCAAAACUACUACUGGUUUAAGUACACGGACCCGCACUGGACCGAGGUGAACGAGUUCCCGAUCUACGUUAAAUACAUAUACCAGGAGUGCCUGACCAGCCUGAGGCCGAAGAUAACGCCGUUCACGAGUUGGCAGCAGUGCAAGGACGCCAUCGAGGAAAUUAGACUGACGCUGUAUCCCGAGCUGGGCGGCGAGGAGGAAGACAAUGACGACCAGAACGACGACAGCGCCGCAGACUGCCUCGACACCAUCAUGGAGACGGACGACGAGACCGACAACCCCGCCAUACCGGAGGAGAGCUCCGACGAGGACCCUCUCACGGAAAACGCCGGUAACGACGACGACAUUCCACCUGAUGACAUUACUAUCGAGCCCAGACGACCCACUCCGAAACCUGUUGAAGAUGUUGAAUUUGAAUCUGCAUUCGAAAAGAUGGUUAUGGAAAACAUUGCCGAGAGACAAAGGGAGAACAGACCGCAACAGAGGGACAUAGCGGUGCCCAUGACUUGCCGACAGACGACUAAGAAAACGUAUGAACAACUAUUGCAAGGUAAAGAGGGUGUUGAAUUUGUGCUAAUGGUGCGAAAAGGAACGAAACCGCAAUACAAGUCUUUCAACGCGCCCCCCGAGCUGGCGAGCAACCUGCAGCAACAGGCCUUGGCGGAUAAACAGGAGAUGGAGAGAGUUAAACGGUUGACCCUCAAUAUAUCUGAAAGGCAAGAGGAGGAGGAAUAUUGCGCGGAAAGCGGCGGCGGCUCCGGUAGUGGGGGGAACCCCAACAGGGGGCAGCAUGUUCGACAGAAGUACCAACAUCCCAAAGGCGCCCCCGAUGCCGACCUUAUAUUUGGUCCCAAGAAGUUUAAAUAAUAAUGACUAACAAUUUGUAUAUUCUAGUUACAUGACUGUUUAAUAUUUUUAUUAAAAAUAUAAUGAUCUGAA